AUGGAGCAAACCAAGGCCCUCAACGCCCUCGAGCCCUUCCUCGCCCUCAGCAAGUCCGCAACUUCUCCACGAGCAGCAUCGGACUUGAUCGUGCAAGCCACCAGUGCGCCAAACACAUAUGUAUUCGCCGAAUUACUGCAAACACCGAACAUUCAGAAUCUACGGAACUCAGCAGAAUAUGGCCCGCAUCUUACCUUGCUCGAGAUCUUCGCAUGGGGAACUUGGGAGGACUACAAGGCUCAACCAGAUCUCCCCAAGCUCUCAGCACAGCAACAUCAGAAGCUCUUGCUACUCUCGUUGCUGCCGCUCUCACACUCACACGCCACCCUCACCUACAAACACCUCAUGACGGCUCUCGAAUUGCCCACCACUCGCGCCCUCGAGGAGCUCAUCACUACUGCUAUCUACUCCGGCCUCAUUACCGCCACACUUGAUCCAGCACACUCACUUGUUUCUGUCACAUCCAUCUCACCACUCCGCGACCUCGCACCGGGAUCUCUGCCCGCCCUCCAAAAUACUCUGCAGUCAUGGUCACAACGAUGCGAUUCAGCUCUAGCAGAUCUGGAGGCGCAAGUUGCCAAGGUCAAGAAAGAGGCGUUGGACCGAGAGAAGAUGCGUCGGAAAAAGGAGCGAGCCUUCGAGGCAGUCAUGCAAGUCGGUGACGAGAAGAAUAAUGGCAAGCGGAAUUUAAUGGGCAUGGGUGGUGACAAUGCCAUGGAGAUUGACGAAGACAGUGGCAACAGCAGAACUACCAGGGGCACUAAGAGAGGACCUGGAGGAUUCAGCUUUGGCAACGCAGGAAGACGAUAA